CCCUGUCCGCGAGGCCUCUCUCUCUCUCUCGCGCUCCCUCCCUCCCUCCCUSCCCGGCGUUGUGGUGUGGCAUUCCAGCCGCAGGGAUUGGAGMAGGGCUGCGCUCGCGCUCCUCCGCCCGUCCUCUCCGGCGCGCGGCGACCCCUCCCUGCUGUCUCGCCUGUCAUGGCCUCCUCCGAUGUGGCCCGGCCGCUGCGCUUUCAAACUGAUACUGGAAUGAGGGCACCCUCUAAUCCACCAGUUGAUAACCAUGAUGCAAAGAGGCAGAGUUGCCGAGCCUUACCCUUGGCUGGUCAUGUUGGUUUUGAUAGUUUACCAGAUCAGUUGGUGAACAAAUCUAUCCAUCAGGGAUUUUGCUUCAAUAUUCUCUGUAUUGGUGAGACAGGAAUUGGAAAAUCAACUUUGAUGGAUAGCUUGUUUAAUACCUGCUUUGAUGACUGUAUGUCAACACAUUUUCAGCCUAAUGUAAGACUUAAAGCUGAGACUUAUGAACUCCAGGAAAGCAAUGUUCGAUUGAAGUUGACAGUUGUAAAUACUGUCGGAUUUGGUGACCAGAUAAACAAAGAUGAUAGCUAUCAACCAAUAGUGGAUUACAUAGAUGCACAAUUUGAGGCCUACCUCCAAGAAGAGCUGAAGAUUAAACGUGCUUUAUAUAAUUACCAUGACACUCGCAUCCACGUGUGCCUGUAUUUUAUAUCACCGACAGGUCAUUCUCUUAAAACUCUUGAUUUAUUAACCAUGAAAAUAUUGGAUAGCAAGGUGAAUAUUAUUCCAAUUAUUGCCAAAGCAGAUACAGUUUCUAAAUCUGAACUACAGAGAUUUAAGAGUAAAAUCAUGAGUGAACUGGUUAGUAACGGAGUCCAAAUAUACCAGUUUCCAACAGACGAUGAGACUGUUGCUAAAGUUAAUGCAACCAUGAAUGGAUACUUGCCUUUUGCUGUAGUGGGGAGUAUGGAAGAGAUAAAGAUUGGAAACAAAACUGUAAAAGCUCGGCAGUAUCCUUGGGGCAUUGUACAAGUGGAGAAUGAGCACCACUGUGAUUUUGUGAAGCUCCGGGAAAUGCUGAUUUGUACAAACAUGGAAGAUCUGAGAGAGCAGACUCACAUGAGCCACUAUGAACUGUACCGGCGCUGCAAAUUGGAACAGAUGGGUUUCCGAGACACUGGUCCAGAAAACAAACCUGUAAGGAUGCCAGAUAGCAAAAAGACGUCUCGUAGAGAAAGUUUACAAGAGACAUACGAAGCUAAACGUCACGAAUUCCUGGGUGAAUUACAGCAGAAAGAAGAAGAAAUGAGGCAAAUGUUUGUUCAGAGAGUCAAGGAGAAAGAAGCACUGCUAAAAGAAGCUGAGCGAGAGCUACAAGUGAAAUUCGAACACUUGAAACGGCUUCAUCAAGAAGAGCGGAUAAGAGUGGAGGAAAAAAGGAAGCUCUUGGAAGAUGAAAUUAUGGCAUUCAAUAAAAGAAAGGCUGCUUCAGACAUACUCCAAGGGAGGCCUCUUCCGGCUACCCCCACCGUUGGCUUAAAAAAAGAUAAAGAUAGGAAAAAGGAUCCAGGUUUUCGUCUUGAGCUCCUCUGUUUUGAUGUCAGAGAUCAGGAAGUUAUGAAUAUGCAGGAAGAGAGAGAGAAGUUAGAAAGGGACAGAAUGCACCCCAGGGAAUACCACCAAUAGUAUUUGGUAGCAGUUUGACAAUACUAUGUGGUUAGGGUAUGUCAGUUUUCAAAAUUGUAGAGAGAAAAAUCCAGAAGUUUGCGGUUUCUUUAAAUCUCAUUGGCUGUCUUUCUAAAAAAAAAGAAGUACCAAAACUCACAGCAGCCUGUAAGUGAUAAUAGAAGAUAUUGUGGAAUUAUCAACAAAAUAUGUAUUAUGAAAUGCAGUGUAAUAUGUCCAUGAACUGUAAUAAGAAUGCAGUUAUAUAUGCAGUAUAGAAUAGUUGCAUAUUAACAAUUUUGAUUACUUUCAAACUAGAAAUCUGCCUCAAAUUAGAACUCUGGGCAGAAUGAUCCUGAAUGGGACUAGUGGUGUCAAACAAGGUUUUUUUCCCCUUUCCUUUUUGUUCACAGUUAAAUGACAUUUUUCUUUGUCACCUGGAAAACUAGGCAUAGAUAAUGGCCCUGAAUUCAGCUCCUUUUUGGGAACAGAGUACUUCUGUGUUUAGCAACUACAGUGAUUUGACAAUUUCAUUUUAAGUUUAACAUACAGAACCACACAUUAGUAUUAUUGUAUGGAACACUCAAAGAUCCAGAUGUGAACUGUAAGCACACAAUGGAAACAAAAUACGUUAAUGGCAAAUACAUCCUUUGAUUUUAUAAUAUGGUGCCUAAAAUACAAGGAACAACACUUCCUCAUUAAGCAGUAGUAAUUACAAUUUAUUGGAACUUGAAAGUAUGUUUAAUUAUUUGAAGUUUGAGGUUUGGCCAAAUAGAAUGGGGAAUAGUAGUUUUGAAAUCCAUAUCUGAAUUAGUUGUUUGAAAGCAUAUCUUAAGAUAGAUAAUUAAAUGACAAAUUAUACUUGGAUUUGGAUUUAACAAAAAUGUACUUAUUGUAAUUUAAUUUUGGCCUCAGUUCUUUGCCCAUUGAUUUGAAAGAGAGAGAAAUAGAUUUGAGAAAAACUUGGUCGUUUCUAUGUAGUCUUGGAACAAGCAACAUAAUGAUAAUGUACAUCUAUUUUCAUUAGCCAGCAUAGUGUAGUGGUUUGAGUGCAGGCUUAUGACUCUGGAAAUCAGGGUUCUGCUCUCUGCUCAGCCAUAGAAAUCCACUGGGUGACCUUGAGAAAGUGAGGCUUUCUCAGAUUUAGGGCCCUUCCAGACAAGCUAGAAAUCUGGGAGGAACUGGGUUAUUUUAACCCAGUUCCUCCUGGAUUUCUGUCCUUACCGCCCAACCCAAACCCCAG